AACUUGUUGGCAAUGCCUAUUUUUCAGCUUUCCCCCGCGUUCUCUAAACUAACUAUUUAAAGGUCUGCGGUCGCAAAUGGUUUGACUAAACGUAGGAUGGGACUUAAGUUGAACGGCAGAUAUAUUUCACUGAUCCUCGCGGUGCAAAUAGCUUACCUGGUGCAGGCCGUGAGAGCAGCGGGCAAGUGCGAUGCAGUCUUUAAGGGCUUUUCAGACUGUUUGCUCAAGCUGGGUGACAGCAUGGCCAACUACCCGCAGGGCCUGGACGACAAGACCAACAUCAAGACCGUGUGCACAUACUGGGAGGAUUUCCACAGCUGCACGGUCACAGCUCUUACGGAUUGCCAGGAAGGGGCGAAAGAUAUGUGGGAUAAACUGAGAAAAGAAUCGAAAAACCUCAACAUCCAAGGCAGCUUAUUCGAACUCUGCGGCAGCGGCAACGGGGCGGCGGGGUCCCUGCUCCCGGCGCUUCCUGUGCUCCUGGUGUCUCUCUCGGCAGCUUUAGCGACCUGGCUUUCCUUCUGAGCGCGGGACCAGGUCCCCCCACCCCCACC